AUUUCAUCACACAACAUACUCUCUCUCUCUCUCUCUUUCUUUCUCUCUCACAAUUAAAUUAAGCUUUAUUAAAUCACCCCCCUCUCUUCAUUAUAUAAACAUGGCCUUCCUUCAUGGUCCAAACCCUCCAAUACAAACAUAAAACAUCACUUUCUUUCUUAUAUCUUCCACUUCUCCCUCAAUUUCUUAAGGUGAAAGACAGAAAGAGUAGCCGAAGAGGAAGAAAACCAAUAACUAACAAAACCAUGAGUCAGAGGAAUGGAAGGUUUCCAAAGCUUGACUUGAAGCUGAACCUAUCACCACCAAGGGUUGACCGGAGGAGGGUGGUGGAGGAGGAGGAGUUGUCGCCGGCUCGAUCGGCAACCGUGUCGCCGCCGAGUUCGUGCGUGUCAACUGAGCUGAAUAACCAAGAUGACAACGACAGUGUGAAGUGGUCAGACAGCCCUGAAGCUACGUUCAUGGUGGUUGUUGGUUGCCAACGUUGUCUCAUGUAUGUGAUGCUCUCUGUUGAUGAUCCUAAGUGUCCCAAAUGCAAGAGCACCGUUUUGCUUGAUGUUCUUCAAGACAACAACAUUGACAACAACAACACAAGGAGGAACAAGAACUAGACUAGUAUUUUAUUUUCUACCUUCUUUUGAGUACUUCUUUUGCGGCAGAAAAAUCUUUCUGUGACUCUUUUAUUUUCCUUUUACUUGUUACCUUUCACUCUGUCACUAUUUUUAGU